UGCUCACUACACCCACCCCUAUUCACCACACAACCCAACCCACUCGACAACGGCAACAAACAACCACCCCAUUCUUCACCACGCGUCACCACCCAGCCUGCAAUAUUGAACCCCCGCCACCACCUUCUCACAAACCACUGGGAUUUAUAGCAAAUACUUAUUGUUUUCUUCUUCUUCGCUGGGAAGAUGUAUAGGGACGUAUCUAGCUGCAACACCUACAACUAUGGUGACGCAGUCUAUUGGGAUGCUCGCUAUAUGCAAGAGGGUGGCUCAUUCGACUGGUACCAGCGUUAUGCUGCUCUUAGGCCUUUCGUUCGUAAAUACAUGCCUACCUCUUCUCGGAUUCUCAUGGUUGGCUGUGGCAAUGCCGUUAUGUCGGAGGAUAUGGUCCAAGACGGUUAUGAGGACAUCAUGAAUAUUGAUAUUUCAGCAGUCGCUAUUGACAUGAUGAAAAAAAAAUUUGAGUACAUCCCGCAGCUAAAAUACAUGCAGAUGGAUGUCAGAGAUAUGAGCUUCUUUCCUGAUGAUUCAUUUGAUGGUGUAAUUGACAAGGGAACUCUUGAUUCAUUGAUGUGUGGUACUGAUGCUCCGAUUAGUGCUGCUCAGAUGCUUGCAGAAGUGUGUAGACUUCUAAAGCCAGGAGGGACCUACUUGUUGAUUACCUAUGGUGAUCCAACAGUAAGGAUGCCUCAUCUAGGACGACGGAUGUAUAAUUGGAAAGUUACAUUGUAUAAUAUCCCUAGACCUGGAUUUCAAAAGCCAGAAAGUUGCAGUUCAUCAAGGAAAUCAUUGUUGGAACCGAUUCCGCUGGAUGAAAAGGGAUUCAUUCCAAAAGACUGGGUUUUGGAAGAUCCAGAUUCUCACUAUAUAUAUGUUUGUAGAAAGGUGGAUGAUGCUGAGAUAGACGAUCAACUGACCUACCGGUUAGCGGCCAAUUUAUUAUAGGCCUCCUGUUCUUGCAUUGAAGCAGUGGAUGAAGGUAGCUUCUGUCUUGUUGUAAUGCUUUGAUAUAUACCACAGACAUUUAUAUGGUGUUUUGCUGUUUGUUCAAAGACUGAAGAAACUAGGUAUCCACCAUCAUUGGGAUGUUUUGUAUUAAUAUUAUGUUCUCUUGAAUCAAACCAGUGGUCUUAGCUUGUAGAUUACUCAAAUUAUUGUGAUCACCAAAGGGUUAUUACAGAUUGCUACACACAUUGUGUUAUAUUGCUUUUAUAUCAGUUUGUGUGGUUUUUGUUGCAUCGUUCA